UCUUCUGAUUCCUUUACCUUUUAAUUCUCUUUCUGUUCCUUCUUCCUCUGAAAACGUGAAAACCUAGUAGAAGAAAGAGAAAGAAAGAAGAAAAUCACAAGACAAAAUCAAAUCACAUCGCAGGGCAAGAGAGAGAAGUUAGAGAGAGAUCGCUCCUGGUUUUUAUGGAGUUUUUCUGAUCGAUCUCUCUCUAAUCCGGUAUUCGAAGAUCCACGAAGAAAGGGAAAAACUCUAGUCUGGAAGAACUUUAAUCCGGGAAAAUGGCUGGAUCGGACGAGAACAAUCCGGGCGUUAUUGGGCCGGCUAAUGUACGAGGGGGAUUGCCAGGGGGAAGUGGGAAAUUCAUGGUGGGCCCGGGUCAGAACCGGAGAGCUUUGAGCGAUAUCAACCACAACGUGAUCGGAGCUCCUCCUUGUCCUUGCGCAGUCAACAAGAGAGGCUCUUCAGGAAACCAAACCGAUAAUCUUAACAAGGUUAUUUGCCUUUCAACGCAUGCUGUCAGUGAUAAAAAUCGACCCAUACCAGUGAAUCGACCAAUUACUAGGAAGUUUGCUGCCCAGCUGGCUAACAAUCAACAACUGUUACAGAAGGAGAACGAGAUCACAAAGCCUGCCCAGUUGGUCUCAAAUCCAAGGGAGUCUGAAGAUUGUACCUUCAUAGAUGCUGAAGAUUACAAUGCAGAUGGCGAAUUUCCGGUGCCAAUGUUUGUGCAACACACACAGUCAAUACUGGAGGAGAUUGAUCAGAUGGAGGAAGUAGAAAUGAAAGAUAUGGCCGAAGAAGAGACUGCAGUUAUAGACAUAGACAGCUGUGACAAGAAGAAUCCACUUGCAGUUGUGGAAUACAUUGAUGAUCUAUAUGCGUACUACAAGAAAAUAGAGUCCUCCGGUUAUGCCCCACCAAACUAUAUGGCAAACCAAUCGGAUAUUAAUGAGAAGAUGAGAGGAAUUCUGAUUGACUGGCUGAUAGAGGUCCACUACAAGUUUGAAUUAAUGGAGGAGACACUGUAUCUUACUGUCAACCUCAUUGAUAGAUUUUUAGCAGUUCAACAAGUGUUGAGGAAGAAACUUCAGCUGGUCGGGGUUACAGCCCUGCUUCUAGCCUGCAAAUACGAAGAAGUUUCGGUUCCUGUUGUGGAGGAUCUCAUUGUGAUUUCUGACAAGGCAUAUAGUAGAAAAGACAUACUUGAGAUGGAGAAGCUAAUGGUCAACACUCUGCAAUUCAACUUAUCAGUUCCCACGCCAUUUGUGUUUAUGAGAAGAUUUCUCAAAGCUGCUCAGGCUGACAAGAAGCUUGAGCUUCUAUCAUUCUUCAUCAUAGAGCUGUGCCUGGUGGAGUAUCAAAUGCUCAUGUUUGCCCCUUCUCUAUUAGCUGCUGCCGCAAUUUACACAGCUCAAUGUACUCUUUGUGGGUUUAAGCAGUGGAGCAAGACCAGUGAGUGGCACAGUGGCUAUUCCAAGGAGCAGCUUCUAGAAUGCUCGAGGCUGAUGGUUACUUUCCAUCAGAAAGCUGGAACAGGAAAGCUCACAGGUGUUCACCGCAAGUACAACACAUCUAGAUUUGGAUAUGCUGCCAAAAAUGAGGCUGCUGACUUUCUCUUGGAGGCCUGGAGAAUGAAGAGAACAAAUAUUUGAAGAGAUAAAUGCGUCAACAACAAUGAACUGACUUUUUAACUAUGAUGAAAAUGGGGUUUUGGGUUGGGCGGGGGGUUAAUUAAGCAACAUAAGUUGCCCUUGGGGGUCGACAUAACUAUGCAAUUGAGAGAAUGCUUGGCUGAUUUGAUAUUGCAUCUCUCAUAAGAGUCUCUCUCUCUUUUCUGAAAAUGUUGGUUAAUAUGUUUCCUUUUCUCUAUUAUUUCUCCUUUCCAGAGGAAAAAAUAAAUGUUGUUUUUAGUUUGUGAACUUUGU